GUUCUUCCUGAAAGCAAAAGAGAGGUAGGUCCUAUCUCCUUCCCCUUCCUUCUAUUUGAAGUCUCUCCACCAAAGAUGCCUCUGUUCCCACUUGAAGCUUCUCAGCUUCCUUUAGCUUUUCCUUUCCUCAGCCUUCUAUUCUCCUUUGUUCAUCCCCUAAACCUCCAUUUCUCCCCUCACUCCCUUGUACCCAAAUCCCAAAAACCCAUGCUACACUAAGAAAAGUUCACCAAAACCACAACCAGUAUGGUCCCUCUUCUUCUCCUCUCACUGUUCUCCCUUCUAAACUCCUGCACUUCUCUCCACAAUGAUGCCACAGUCUUGGCUUCUCUUAGAAACAGUUUCCAUUCCACUAGCCCAGAAUUAAACAGUUGGAACACUUCCAACCUUGGCUCAGCCUGCUCAUGGUUCGGAGUGCGGUGCGAGCGACGCAGAGUCGUCGCCAUCGAUCUCUCCAACUUGAACAUAUCGGGUUCCAUUUCGCUCGAAAUCUCCGGCCUCCAAUCACUUGUCAACCUCUCCCUCGCUGGCAAUGACCUCGAGGGGAAUAUCCAAGUGUCAAACUUGCCAAGCCUUCGCCACCUUAACAUCUCCAUCAACCAGUUCAGUGGUGGACUGGACUGGGACUACUCGAGCCUGCCCAGCUUGGAGGUGUUCGACGCCUAUAACAACAACUUCACCGCACCAUUGCCUCCCGGCGUUUCAAAUUUGAAAAGAAUCAAGUAUCUAGACCUCGGUGGUAACUUCUUCCAUGGUAGCAUCCCUGCAAGCUAUGGGAGCUUGGUUGAAUUGGAAUACCUCUCACUCAAUGGCAAUGACCUCAGAGGGAGAAUUCCAAGGGAGCUUGGCAACCUCACAAACUUGAAGCAUCUCUACUUGGGCUUCUACAAUGUAUUCGACGGCGGCAUACCGACCGAGCUUGGGAAGCUGAUCAAUCUAGUCCAUCUCGAGCUCUCAAGCUGCGGCCUCGAUGGCGAAAUUCCGCAUCAACUUGGCAAUUUAGUCUCUCUUGACACUCUAUUUAUCCACACCAAUUUCUUAUCGGGAUCGAUACCGGCGUCGCUCGGAAACCUCACCAGACUAGUCCAUCUCGACCUCUCCAACAAUGCGCUCACCGGAGAGAUACCUCACAAGCUUGCCACCCUCAGUGGACUGAGCCUUCUGAACUUGUUCAUGAACAGACUGCAUGGAUCGAUACCGGAGUUUGUUGCGGAGCUACCGAAUUUGGACACUUUCCAGCUCUUCAGGAACAACUUCACCGGUGCCAUCCCGCAGAGGCUUGGCUCCAAUGGCCGGAUUCGGGUGCUCGAUCUUUCAUCAAACAAGCUCACUGGUACCAUUCCUGAUGAACUUUGUCCCUCAAACCAGCUCAAAGUCCUCAUUCUGCUGAAGAAUUUCCUGUUUGGUCCUAUCCCGGAGAGCUUAGGCAAGUGUUUGAGCCUGACCAGAGUGAGACUAGGCCAGAAUUAUCUCAAUGGCACCAUUCCUCCAGGCUUCGUAUACUUGCCCCAGCUCAACCUACUAGAUCUCCAAGACAACUACCUCUCCGGUCCAAUCUCAGAGAAUUCCAAUUCUAGCCACAGCCAAACCCAACUGACCCAGCUCAUUCUAUCAAACAACUUGCUCUCCGGAUCUAUCCCACACUCCAUUUCAAACUUCUCUUCCCUCCAAGAACUGCGACUAAACGGCAACCGGUUCGACGGCCCAAUCUCCUGCUCAAUUAGUAAACUCCGGCAUGUUGUCUUGCUUGAUCUCAGCCAUAAUGCUCUCUCCGGCAAGAUCCCACCGGAGAUCGGCAAUUGUGCUCAAUUAACCUAUCUUGACCUCAGCCGAAACAACCUCUCCGGUCCAAUUCCACCGGAGAUCGCCAGAAUUGGGAUACUGAACUACAUGAACCUUUCAACGAACCACCUUGAUGGCAUGAUACCGAGGUCGAUGAGCUCGAUGAGGAGCCUCACGGCUGUGGAUUUCUCCUUCAACAACUUGUCCGGUAGGCUACCGGACUCCGGUCAGCUGGCCUACUUCAAUGCUUCAUCCUUUGCAGGCAACCCCCGGCUCUGUGGGCCAGUACUUAACAAUCCUUGCAACAACACGGCCGGCCCGGUCCAGUCCCGGCGCAUCCGGGGGGAUUUCAAACUAGUCCUUGCACUGGGCCUCCUACUGUGCUCACUGGUCUUCGCGGCGGCAGCCAUCGUGCGGGCGAGGUCGUACCGCGGCGCCUCCGACGGGGACACGUGGCGGCUGACGGCUUUCGGAAAGGUGGAUUUCGCGGUGUCGGACGUUUUGGAGUGCAUGAAGGACGUGAACGUGAUCGGGCGCGGCGGGGCGGGUGUGGUGUACCUCGGGCACACCAGAACCGGCGAACAGAUCGCCGUUAAGAGGCUGAUGGGGUUCGGAUCCAACGGCCAUGAUCGGGGGUUCAGGGCGGAGAUCCGGACCCUGGGGACCAUCAGGCAUCGUAACAUCGUACGGCUGCUAGCAUUCUGUUCCAAUAGGGACACCAACGUUCUGGUGUACGAGCACAUGAGCAAUGGGAGCUUGGGGGAGGUGUUGCACGGGAAGCCCGGGGGUUUCUUGGGGUGGGAUCGCAGGUACAGGAUAGCAGUGGAGGCAGCCAGGGGUCUAUGCUAUCUGCACCAUGAUUGCAGCCCCAUGAUAGUACACCGGGACGUGAAGAGCAACAACAUCUUGCUGGGCGCAAACUUUGAGGCACACGUGGCGGAUUUUGGACUGGCGAAGUUCUUGCAGGAUGGGGGUGCGUCCGAGUGCAUGUCCGCCAUCGCUGGAUCCUACGGCUAUAUUGCUCCUGAAUAUGCUUACACGCUUAAGGUGGACGAAAAAAGUGAUGUCUAUAGCUUUGGAGUGGUUCUUUUGGAGCUCAUCACCGGACGACGCCCUGUUGGAGAAUUUGGUGAGGGGGUGGAUAUAGUACAGUGGGCCAAGAGGAUCACUAAUUGUGACAAAAAUAAUGUUGCUAAGAUCGUAGAUUCAAGACUAAGCACAGUGCCCAUAAAUGAGGUGAUGCAUGUUUUCUUUAUCACAAUGCUAUGCAUCCAUGAAAACAGUAUCGAGAGGCCGACAAUGAGGGAAGUGGUCCAGAUGCUCUCCGAAUUUCCUCAUCAUGCUUCAGAAGACCAGUCUCCUUCUUCCUCGGCUCCUAGGAAAGAGGAAAGCCUCGACAAGGAGACCAACUGCUACAGGCUCUUUCCGGAUCUCCUAACCUAAUGAUUAUGGCUUGUGAGUGUGGAUAUUUAUUAGUUAAAGUAAUGAUGCUCAAGUGGGAUUUUAUAAUAUAGUCUUGUAGCUUGCACGGGUGAUUUGCCCUUUAUUUUUCUAAGGUUUGAAUGGAAGUUGUUGGAGAAGGAAGAAGGGUAGUAGGAGUAACAUGGAUUCUUUUUUCCUUUUCGGAAAGGUGUAUAGGGUCACAUUCCAUCAUCUAGAGUUAGCAUGCAUGUUGUCAUGCUGCUCUAUGUGUGGUCCAUGUUUGAUGGUUCUCCAUCAUAGCAUUUGGCUUUUGCAAACUUUGUAAUCUUUACCCACCAUCGGCUGUCAUAUCCCUCCAAUUCUUGGUGAUGUCCUUUAAGCGUUCAUGCAGGAGAACUCAUGAGGGUUGGUGCAACUUUUUUGCAUGUGAGUUGUCUUGUCAUCAUUUGGAUAAAGUGCUAAUUAUGCUCUUUUGAUGUAUUCUCUUUUUUGAAG